AUGUCCUUGACGAACGGUCAUGUCGAUACUGUUCACGAGAACCACAUCAACUCCACUCUCCCUUUGACACGCAGCGAGAGCGAGCUUUCAGACCUCAAUGACGCUCCGCCGUCUCGAAACGAAGCACACGGCCAGGCGGCCUCAGAAGAUGAUGCCAUGCACGACAUGGCAACGUCAGAGAUGGACAGAGAUGAGGACGCGCUCGGCGAGGAGGACGCAGAGUACGACGCGGAAAGUCCGGCUCCUCAGCCAGCUGGCGGAAUGCGAGACGACAGAUUAUCGUCCGAAGACAGCCUGAGGCCUGCCAGGCGGAAAGGAGAUGCUGACGACGAUGAUUUCAUGAAGCGAAACCCGGAGCUGUAUGGUCUACGGCGGAGUGGACGAGCACGACCGGCGCGUCGAGUGCUCGAAAGUUCUGAUGAGGAGGACGAAGACGAGGACGACGUUAACACCGGCAGACGGAGGAAAAGGCAAAAGACUGCCAACGGCCGUCCUGCUUCUUUGAGCAAAGAGUCCUCCCUUCAGCCCGCUUCUGCUGCUCCUACCGAGUCUGAAGACGACACUUACGGCGGCCAAAAGGGUAAGACUUUCGCCAAGAAGCAUCGACAGAAACUCCAAGCCGCCACCUCUGGAGGCAACACACCCAAUAUGAGCGAGGUUCGCUUCUCCACGCGUCGAGCUGCUAAGGUAACCACCUACACCGAGCAAGACGACUACGGCUUGAGCGAGGAAGACACCGAGAUGACGCCUGCCUAUUAUUACGAGGAGGUCGAUACUCGGCCUGCCAUCGAUGUCGUCCUGAACCAUAGGCUCAAGGAGGGUGCUGACAAAGCCAGCGAUGACAAGCACGAUUUCGAGUUCUACAUCAAAUGGCAAGGCCAGUCACACUACCACGCGACAUGGGAUACCUGGGCUUCCCUCUCCACCUACAAAGGCUUUCGUCGCCUCGAAAACUACUUUCGCAAGACAGUAAGAUUUGAGCUGAGCUUGACACAAGAUCCGGAUAUUGCUGUAGAGGAUCGGGAGAAAUACAAUCUCGAUCGUGAGGCAUACAUCGACUCACUCAACGACUACACACAAGUUGAGCGCGUCAUUGGCAGGCAGACUACGGACGAUGGCGGUACGGAGUAUUACGUAAAGUGGAAGGGACUGUACUACGAUGCGUGUACAUGGGAGGACGCUGAUCUGGUCGCGCAACUCGCACAAUCGGAGAUCGACCGCUUCAUCAAGCGUCAGCAACACCUACCUGUAUCGAACGCCAAGGAGACCAGCCUGGCUACGAGGGCUGACUACAAGCCUUUCAGGACACAGCCGGAGUACGUCAAAGGUGGCGAGCUUCGAGAAUUCCAGAUCCAUGGCCUCAACUUUCUGGCACAUCACUGGUGCAAAGGCAACAAUGUUAUCCUCGCUGAUGAGAUGGGUUUGGGCAAGACUGUGCAGACCAUCUCCUUCAUGAAUUGGCUACGGCAUGAUCGCGGGCAGAAUGGUCCUUUUAUCGUCGUGGUACCUCUCUCCACCAUGCCCGCCUGGGCCGACACCUUCAACUUCUGGACACCUGACUUAAACUAUGUUGUCUAUAACGGUAAUGAAGCAGCGCGCAAGAUCAUCCGCGAUUACGAGCUGCUGGUCAACGGUAACCCUCGAAAAGUCCGCUUCAACGUGCUUCUAACAACCUACGAGUAUAUUCUUGCGGACUCUACCUUCUUGUCACAGAUGAAGUGGCAAUUCAUGGCUGUGGACGAGGCACAUCGGCUGAAGAACCGGGAGUCACAACUAUACGCCAAGCUUAUGGAGUUCGGUGCGCCAAGCAGGCUACUGAUCACCGGCACACCUAUGCAGAACACUUUGAGCGAGCUCUCUGCACUCAUGGACUUCCUCAUGCCUGGCAGACUGAAUGUUGACCUCAACAUCGACCUGACUUCCGAGGACGCUAGUGAGAAGAUCGCCGAGCUGACAGAUGCCAUCUCGCCCUACAUGAUCCGACGCACGAAACAAAAGGUAGAAAGCGAUCUUCCGCCGAAGACCGAGAAGAUCAUGCGUGUCGAAUUAUCCGAUGUGCAACUCGAGUACUACAAGAACAUCCUUACCCGGAACUAUGACGCUUUGAACGCGGGUGCAAAGGGUGGAAAGACCUCUCUACUCAACAUCAUGAUGGAGCUCAAGAAGGCCAGCAACCACCCGUUCAUGUUCCCGAAUGCUGAAGAGCGGUUCCUCGAAGGCAAGGACGGCCGCGAUGAUCUAUUGAAGGCCCUGGUCUCCUCGUCCGGAAAGAUGAUUGUGCUCGAUCGCCUCCUGGCCAAAUUCAAGCAAGAAGGUCAUCGUGUCUUGAUCUUCAGUCAGAUGGUCAGGAUGCUGGACAUUCUGGGCGACUACCUACAGCUACGUGGCUACCAGUUUCAGCGCCUAGAUGGUACAAUUGCCUCAGGUGCGAGGCGGUUGGCAAUCGAUCACUUCAACGCACCGGACUCGUCCGACUUCUGCUUCCUGCUCUCAACUCGCGCUGGUGGUCUCGGCAUCAAUCUGAUGACAGCAGACACUGUCAUCCUCUUCGACUCGGACUGGAAUCCUCAGGCUGACCUACAAGCUAUGGCUCGUGCACAUCGCAUUGGUCAGAAAAAGCCUGUGACAAUCUACCGCUUCGUGUCCAAGGAUACCGUCGAAGAGGAAGUCCUUGAGCGUGCUCGUAACAAGCUCAUGUUGGAAUACAUUACGAUCCAGCGCGGUGUUACAGACAAAGAUGCUCAAGAUCUCGGUGACCGAAUGGUCAAGGCCAAAGGGCUAGUAGCUGAGCCUACGUCUGCUGACGACAUCUCCAAUAUCCUCAAGAAGCGUGGCCAGAAGAUGUUCGAGCAGUCUGGCAAUCAAGAACGACUCGAGGCUCUCGACAUCGACGCUAUGCUUGCUAAUGCUGAAGAGCACAAGACCGAGCAGCCCGAAGGCAUGACCACAGAUGGUGGCGAAGAAUUCUUGCGCAGCUUCGAGUACACUGACGUCAAGAUCGAUCUCGAGUGGGAUGACAUUAUUCCGAAGGAGCAGCUCGAGAAGAUGAAGGAAGCCGAGCGCAAGAGAAAAGAAGAGCAAAUGCUCGCUGAUCUUGUCGAGGCGAACCAGCCUCGCAAGCGUAAGGCGCCUGUGGACGAGGCUCGAGAGCAGCGUGCAGCCAAGAAGCGUGCUCGUGACCUUGCAGUCGAAGCUGCAGGUGACAUGCAAUCUGACGACGAGUCUGACACCGGUCGUGAUCCUAGACGUGCUCUGGGCGAGAAGGAAUGCCGUCUUCUCAUUGGCGCAUACGAGCGCUGGGGUGCCAUGAACGAGAAGCAGGACGAGAUUGUGCGCGAUGCAAGACUUAUCGGUCGAGAUAUUGACGUUGUCAAGGAUACUUUGCAAGAGGUCAUCUCUACUGCCGAGGGUCUACUACAGGCAGAAGAAGAUCGACAAGUCGAAUUCGAGCGCACCAACAACAAGCAGGUCACGAAGAAGGACAAAAAGGCGGUCUUGUUCGACUUCCGAGGCGUCAAGCGCAACAAUGCUGGCACCUUGACUGAGCGCCCACGUGAGAUGCGCAUGAUUCGUGAGGAGGUUGAGCGGGCACCGGAUUGGCGUAACUUUCGAAUCCCGGAGGCUUCGAAACCUGCAACGUACUCUUGCGACUGGUCCGCGGUGGAAGAUGGCAUGCUUAUUGUUGGCAUGGCAAGACAUGGCUUCGGCGCUUGGGUUGAGAUUCGCGACGACGAGGAGCUCAACCUGAAAGAGAAGCUCUUCUUGGAGGAGCAUCGAGUCGCUGCCAAGGAAGACCGUACCAAGGGCGGCGAGGAGAAGCAGGCUAGAUCACCUGGUGCUGUUCACCUUGUGCGUCGUGCAAAUUACCUUCUCAGUGUGCUGAAGGACAAGACCAGCAAUGGCGCAAACCUGGCUGCGCGCAAGGCCAUCGAGAAUCACCAUCGCAACAAUCGCAAACACAUGGACAGGCUCCACGGUCGGCUUUCUACGCCUACGCAUGGCUCCGCCAGCCCAGCGCCGGGUAGAUCACGACCAGAAACAGAUCCGCGCCGGAUGCACCAGUCUGAUAUUCGUCACACUCUGGACCGUCGCGGAACUCACGGUUCGCCAAAUGGUCACUCGAGGCCUCGUCACUCCGAUGACCGCCGACCUCAACACCAUCGUAACGGCAGUUCGCCGAUGGUUCAGACCAGCGGUGUUCUCACGAACGGCAACGGAACGCCAAUGUCGGAGAUGGACAUUCGCGUACGCAAGUUCCUGCAGCCCAUCAGCGAGCGUCUGAAGCCACUGAUUACAGCCACCAAGAAGAACGUUCCGGACGACGACAAGCGCCUCAAGAUGAUCAAGUCUGGUCUCCUGGCCAUUGGCUCGCAUAUCUUGAGCCAAGCUCAGGCCGCCGGACUUCGCGAACACGAAGAGAAGAUCUGGGAUUACGUGUCGCUCAACCACUGGCCUCAGUCGAAGACCGCAGAGAAACGUGUUUCUGGACCGAAACUGCGGGACAUGCACAAGAAGCUUGGUGGCAAGGACACAGCUGCUGGUAAUACCGCCAAGAGCACGCCAUCGAAGCCGAAGGACAUUGCGCCGCCUACGCCUUCGACCGCCACGACAAAUGGAUCGAGUCAUGGUACCAAGACAGAGGAGUCGAGGCCUGUGAAAGAAGAAGUGAAACCCGAGGAUACGAAGACCGCCAUUCCUGUUGUCGAUACUGAAAUGAACGAUGUGAAGGAAAGGAAGGAGGUCAUCGAAGAAGCAAAGGCUUAG